GUCAUCUAGUCAGUCCUUCAUUGGCCGCCGUCAUGGUCGGACUGGCCCAGCCAAGAUGUGCCACGGUCGAGAAACAAGUUUGAAUAAAGAACAACAAAAAUGAAACGGUUAUGCUGCUGUGUGGUUGUUUUAGGACUAUUUGAAUUUUUAGUGAAUUGCCAAUCGCCUUGUCCGGGUAUAUUUGACUACCGAAAUGAAGGUGGUGUUAUAUACGGGGUGAUCAUGGUGCCUCCCAGUGGACCAGUAUCAUCUGUGACCACAAGAGUUAACUUCACUAUCGCAGCACGGCUUCCAUCUACCUACGUGGGCAAGCUGGAGCCUAUUGGUAGCAGUCAAAUAUUGCAAAAUUACAACCGGGGCGCGCCCAUCAUGUACAGGAUUCACUUCCCAGUGACGUCACCACUGCCGCGACUCACUUCGCUGCAAGUCAAUGGCAACUUAUUGUGUUACGGACCAGGAGAUGUCGUUGUUCCCAACCGGUACAUAAGCACAAUCAGUCUCCAGCACAUAAUAUUCCAAAGGCCAAAUUCUGGCAACUUCAUAUACCAAUUCGAUCCAGGGUCAAAACCGAAUUCAGUAUAUGAAUUUUCCAGUUCCCCUGAAGUGGGAGCUGAUCCAAUAAUUGCAUUCGACGAAAACGAUGAUCGCCGAGGAACUUGGACUUCUGUGAUUAAUGCAAGUUUUAUGCCAAACAAUACAAGACCACUGUAUGAGCUGACCGAGCCUCCUCCGCCACUAUUUGAGCAGACUCCGCCACAUCGGCCACAAUAUGAGCAGACUCCGCCACCUCGGCCACAAUUUGAGCAGACCCCACCACAUCUUCGGCCACAAUACGAACAAACCCCACCACCACCUCAACUACAAUUUGAGCAGACCCCGCCACCAUCUCGACCACAGUACGAGCCGGCGCCACCGCCACCACUACCACAAUAUGAGCAAAACCCACCGCCGGUACAAACCCCACCAACAAUCCGUCCAGAAACGAACUACAAUGUCUACUAUCCUGAAGUAACCCAGCCCACGAGGUUACCACGCCCACCACAGCCAACGCCCGUUUUCCCAUCAAUACCGGAAAGGAUACCAGUACCAAGCAGCAAUACAUUUACGCAAGUGGAAUGCGGAAAGAUUGCUGGUGGCAAUGAGCGGUUACCCCUUAUAUAUAACGGGCAGAGUUACUCCCGCGGUGACUGGCCCUGGCUUGUAGCUAUAUACAGGAGGAAGGAUGGCAGCCUCACGUUUAUAUGCUCGGGGACUUUGGUGUCCGAUCGACAUGUUAUUUCUGCUGCUCAUUGUAUGCACCAGAAGAACAGUUACACUUCAAUCAAAGAUAUUGUGGUUAAAGUAGGCGUUUACAAUUUGGAGGACUGGGGUGAUGACGUGACCGUCACCCGAACCCUUGAAGCUGCAUACAUCCAUGAGUCUUACAAUGUAUCUACUCUAGCCAAUGACAUAUCUGUAUUCACGCUCGAAAGAAAUGUCGAAUUCAGUACGUACAUUAGGCCGGCGUGCUUGUGGAGUGGCAAUACGGACCUCAGUCGUGUCGUUGGAGCUUCGGGAGUUGUUGCAGGCUGGGGAACAAACGAAUUGGGUCCAGGUGGACACGGCGAACCUCGUAUGGUGAGGAUUCCUAUUGUGAGCACUGCUACUUGCCGUGCCAGCAAACCGGAUUUCCAUAAACUUACAUCGGCGAACACUUUAUGUGCGGGAGACCGCAACGGUGCUGGCCCAUGCUUAGGAGACUCGGGCGGUGGCCUCUACCUUCUAGACAGUGGACGGUGGCGUGUCCGCGGUAUAGUCUCCUUGUCUCUGCGACCUGAAAACGGCGACAAUACGUGCAACCUGAACGAAUAUAUUGUUUUUACCGACGCCGCUCAAUACCUCAAAUGGAUAAAGAACGUUAUGGCAAAAUAACGGCAUAUUGUUAUUAGUAUUAUUCGAUUUAAGAAUUGUGUGUUAAGGGCCCAUCCUGCUAAGAACGCAACGUUGAAAUGUUCUGGUGAAUAAUAAGUUUUUUAUUUUCAUCAUAAUAAUGUUUUACAAUCCAUUAUUUUAAUCAAACGUAUGUGGUGGAAAUAAAACAAAUUCUGUCUCUUUCUUAAA